GGAUACGUAAUCUAUGCUGCCUCGCCAAUAACCAACUGGUUAAUCAAUAAUCACCACCUAUAAAAGUGGGUGUCGUCCUCUACCUCGGAAUCGCGCCGCCAUUUCGCCGCGUCCGCGCCGGAGAGAGACCUACUGGCCAAGCCCUAGUUUCGGAACUCCCCGUGGUCGCUGGCCGACAGCAAUGGCGAUGACGCUCCGCUUCCCCGCGGGCGGCGCGACCUCGGUGCCUGCGGCCAUGCCCCACCGCGUCCCCAUGGCGACCGCGCCCUCUCGCCUCCCCGCGACGGUGGCCAUGGCGUUGGUAUCGCUCCGCUAUCCGGGCCUGGAAUGUUCGAUUUCGACUCCUUCCGCGGCCAUCCGCCUUACCCCGAUCAACUCGGUCACCCACUUCGACGUGUUGCGCCUGCGCGCGCGCAGGACUGACGGGGAAGACGAUGUCUCGGCACUCCCGGAGAUCGACGGCGCCGCCUCCGCGCUUCCCUGCACCGCCUCCACUGCCAGUCCUCGUAGCUGCGUCCCCGGCUUCCCCAACACCCAGAGCGCCUUCCCCAACACCCGGCUCUCCCUCUUGGGCUGGAUUCUCAAAUUAGUCCAGGAGAGAUUCUCAGGAGAUCCUAGUUUACUCUCAAGCUUAUUGGUUCUUCUGAUCGGUGGUUGGCAGACUGCUUACUUCAAGGAAGCUGUAGAAAGGAGGAUCAAGGGAUCCAUGCGCAUUCCUCCCUGUAUCCUCACCAUUUUCACGUUCUGUGCGGCUGUAGCAACAUUGCUGUACAAAGCGGUCAAAGCUAGCGAAGAGUUAGAUGGCAUCAUCUCGCAUCUCAUCAAGAAAUUCGAGAAGCUUCUAGAGUCCCAUGAUGUGAAGACGCAAUCUGAGAAGCUUCCGGAGCCUCGUGAGGCCGAGGCGAAGUCGCAGGCUAAGGAGGUGAAGACUCAAGACAAGAGCUAGGCACCGGCAAUGCAGCAACUAACAUGAUGCACUACAGGAGCAAUUGGGCAAUGCAGCAAUUAACAUGAUGCACUACAGGAGCAAUUGGGCAGCAAACGUAGAGCAAGUGAACCGCAACAGUAUGUAGAGCAAGUGAGCGACAACAGUAUGUUCGAUCUCCGAGAUACUCAUAUUUCUUCCAGAUGUUCGUAUAGGCAUAGCUGUUACAGAUACUCACCUUUGUUGAUACUCAUUUCUUCCUCGUAUGGGGAUAUAGGCAUAGCUGUUACAGAUACUCACCUUUGUUUUUUCGCUAUUCCUGUAUAGCUGUGACAGAUACUCAUCCUUCCUCGUAUAGCU